AUGGCUGGUGCUAAGCGAUCCAAUCCCAAAAAGAAGCCGGAAGCGCGGCCUUCAACCCCAACCCUUGAGGCUCCUGCUCAGAGAACACCUUCACCCGGACCUUCUCAACGGCGUGGAAAUAAAGACAAGACGCUCAAAUCCAACGUCAGGAGGGCACGGAAAGAGAAUGACACACCCUAUCCAGAGUACUCAAGGGUUUUCCUAACGAAGGAAAAAUACCUUCAGAGGGUUCGAGGCAUGAAUCGUCUCCUCAUGUCGGGAAGCCGAGGAUGGGAAUGUGAGCUGACCGACGUUUCGACUAAUUACGAAGAUAUGUUCCGAUUAAUUCUUCAGUGGGUCUACGAUUGGGCAAUGGAAGAUAUUGGAACAAUUUCCAAAAGUGACAUGAAGCUCGUCAUUGACGCCCUGGAUGGGUACUGUAUCCAGGAUGAUUGGCCUACUCUCCAAAGGCUUCUACCACCUCUGAUAGCACCUGGAGGGAGAUUCUUGGAGACCUUAAUCAACAAAGCCAUUGCAACAAAGGUUCUUCCCAACUCAUUCCAGUACCUUGAUGGGAAGACCGGGUCCACCGAUCAGAAUGGAGACGAAAGCUUCGCCACAAAACUCCAGUACCUCUACGACCGAUUCUUCGAAACGAAUCCAAAUUUUGCAACGCUCUGGAAACAACAAACGCAUCGACUAGCCAACUCAGUAACUGCGAGUCAAGCGCCAGGUGACCUGGAUUUUGGACAAGAGAAUGUCAAGCGCCUCAAGGCUCGUGCGCCUCCCCUGGCUGAUGAGCUUCUGGGCAGUAGGCCAAUCUGCCUGCUACUCAGGGAGCCCUUGAGUCCCGAGGAGGCGCUAUCCCGGCGGACAGAUCUGGUCAAGAUUUUUGAAAUGGCCCUACGUCUAAUGUGUGACGGCGAAACGCGUGUCGGUGGUCAGUUCCGCAUGGAGCAAUUGCCACAGCUGGGAUCAUUGUACAAGUGCGGUAGCCCCUACAUGGUGCUUUGGGACGAGACUGAUCCUGCAAACGAGGCCGAUUUGGAUGGACGUAAAAUACUGCUUGUUGUACGACCGGCCAUCGUAUACACUCAUAGUGAGCCUAAAGAUGCAGGAUCGGGCUACACUUCCGUCUCCUCCAUUGCUCACAAGGCUAUUGUUAUCGUGGGAAAUCAUGAUGGAGCAACGGAUGGUACCAAAAAGCAAAAGCCCACGAACCAACAACCUACCAAAUUCGUGGAGGACCGAGUCUACGUGAACACGGCAAGUAGCUGA